AUGAAGUCUGCCUUAGCAAUAGUUGCUGCGGUCACAGCGAGCCCCGUUCUCGGGGCCUUCGUAGACUACAACUUCGUCAUUGGUAACGUUCAGGCUGCUCCCGACGGGUUUAGGCGUUCUGUUGUCGCUGUCAACGGCCAGAUCCCUGGCACUCUGAUCACGGCUAACAAAGGCGAUACUCUGCGUAUUAACGUCACAAAUCAGCUCACCGAUAGCUCUAUGAGGCGAUCUACUACAAUUCAUUGGCAUGGACUGUUUCAGAGCGGGACUGCAGGUGAAGAUGGCCCGGCAUUUGUGACACAGUGUCCGAUCUCUCAGUUCAACUCCUACACCUAUGAGAUCCCUCUUCACGAUCAGACCGGCACAUUCUGGUAUCACAGUCAUCUGUCCAGUCAAUAUGUCGAUGGUUUGCGUGGUGCACUGGUCGUCUAUGACCCUAAUGAUCCUCACAAAGCCCUGUACGACGUCGACGACGAGGCCACAGUCAUCACCCUUGAUGACUGGUAUCACACCCCCGCUCCCACGUUGCAGGAGCAGUUUUUCUCCACCAAUAACACUGCGCUUAACGCCCCUGUCCCAGAUUCUGCACUUAUCAAUGGGAAGGGUCGCUAUGUGGGUGGGCCGGAGGUCGAGCGUGCAGUCCUUAAAGUGCAGUCCGGCAAGCGCUAUCGAUUCCGUGUCAUCAACACUUCCGCCAUCGGUUCCUACACCUUUGCUAUAGAAGGACAUACCAUGACUAUUAUUGAAGCUGAUGGGAUCGCACAUGAACCAUUGGUGGUCGAUAGCUUCGACAUUUACGCCGGACAACGCUAUUCUUUCAUCCUCGAAGCGAAUCAGACGGUAGCGAACUACUGGGUCAGCGCUCCCAUGACUGUCGCUGCUGCUGGUACAAAUGCCAACCUUGAUGCAACCAACGUGUAUGCUGUCUUGCGCUACGAGGGUGCACCCGAAGCAGAGCCAACCACCGAACAGACCACGGCCAUGGGCAACGCUCCACUCGUUGAAGAGAAUCUGCAUGCGCUUAUCAAUCCUGGUGCUCCCGGUGGCUCCGAUCCCGCAGACGUCGUUGUCAACCUUGCAAUAGGCAGGUCGACCAUUGACGGAUCUGUCGCCUUCACGUUCAACGGGGUGCAGUACAAGCCCCCAACACUCCCUACACUUCUCCAGAUCUUAUCUAAUAACGCAACAGUUGAUGCUGACUUUGGUACUGACGAGCAUACACUCACACUUCCGUUCAACAAGACCAUUGAACUUGUAAUCACUGGAGGAGCAAACCACCCUAUCCAUCUUCAUGGGCACGUGUUUGACGUUGUGCAGUCGCUCGGUGGAUCCAUCAACUACGUAAACCCUCCUCGUCGCGAUGUGGUUCGCGUAUCAAACACUGGUGUCAUCCUGCGUUUCAGGACCGACAAUCCCGGUCCCUGGUUCGUCCAUUGCCACAUUGACUGGCAUCUCGAGGCCGGGCUUGCCGUGGUAUUUGCCGAGGCACCAAGCGAAAUUCGUGCUGGAACGCAGAAGGUGACCACGAGCUCGUCAUGGGACCAAUUGUGCCCCAAGUAUCAAGCACUUUCUGCAGACUUGCAGUAG